AUGGCCACCAUGGUGAACAUGGACAAUGUCGAACAGUUGCAUGUGGUGCUGCAACAAUCUUUUAGUCCAGAUGCCAACCAGCGUGGUCCAGCGGAGGAAGCCAUUCGCAACCUGAAGAACGUGCCUGGUUCGACCGCUUUGUUGUUGAAAGUCGCAGGGGAAAAGCAGGUUCGCUAUGAAGUGCGUCAAGCAGCAGCCAUUCAGUUGAAGAAUAUUUGCCGAGAAUGCUGGGCGGAGCGCAUGAAUUUCUCGGGCCUUCCAAUGCCUUCAGAAGGAAAGAAGCCUGUCUUACUGAGCAACGACGACAAGGCUAUUGUUCGCAGAGAACUAGUGGCAGCGCUCUUGGACGAACCUGAGAAAAGUGUCCGUGAUCUCUUUGCGGAGACUUUGCACAGCAUUUUGAUCCACGAUUUUCCCGACAACUGGCCCGAUCUGAUUCCUCAGUUGCUUGGGACCAUUCAACAAGCUGCCAACCAGGCCAACCAAUUGCGUGUCCACAAUGCCUUGGUCGCUCUCCGAAAAGUCUGCAAGCGAUAUGAAUACAAAUCCAAAGAACAGCGUGGACCUCUCAAUGAGAUUGUAAAACAGUCUUUCCCUUUGCUGCUGCCCUUGGCGCAGCGCUUGUCUCAACCAGAAGAGCACUCGUUAGAAGCUGCCAUGAUGCUCAAACAAAUCCUCAAAAUUUUCUGGUCUUCCACUCAGUUCUACCUGCCAGGAGGAGACGGAGAGAACGGGGCUUCUCCUGCUCUGGCCAGUCCGGAAUCGAUGCAACCAUGGUUUGAAGUGCUUCAGACCGCGCUCAAAAAGCCGCUCCCAGAGGCGUCCACGGGAUUACCACCCCUGAACCAACCUACUACCAUAGAAGAACGCAACGCCUGGCCAUGGUGGAAGGUCAAGAAAUGGGCCGUGCAAAUCAUGAGUCGUCUCUUCUCCCGCUACGGAAUCCCGAGCUAUGCGGACGAAGAUGCCAAAGAAUUUGCCAAGUUCUUUUCUCAAAAUGUUGCUACGCAAUUCCUUGGACCUGUCUGCGAGACACUCAAUCUACGACCUAGUGGCCAGUUCUGUACAGACCGGGUUGUCCAUUUGUGUUUGACUUAUGUUGACCUGGCCGUGGAAUUGGCAGCCACCUACCGUCUCUUAAAACCGCACUUGGAGUUUCUGCUGUACCAAGUGUGCUUCCCUACCAUGUGUUUGACGCAGGAUGAUGUGGCCAUCUUUGAAAAUGACCCGCAUGAGUUUGUUCACCGUCAAAACAGUCCACUGGCCGACUUUUAUGAUCCCCGCAUGUCCGCCAUCACUCUGGUGACCGAUUUGGUCAAGCAUCGAGGACAGGAUGUGACGGCCAAUCUAUUGGGACACAUGACGGAACAUCUGCACCGUUACAGCGCUGCAGUGCCAGAGGCCAAGAACCACAUUGAAAAAGAUGGAGCAUUGCUUGUCUUUGGAUCACUGGCAAAGUUCUUGUUGAGCAAGGAAAAGUAUGCCAACGAAAUCGAAGGGCUCUUGGUGACGUCGGUCUUCCCCGACUUUAACUCUCCGGUUGCCUUCUUGAGGUUCCGUGCCUGUUGGAUGGUGCAACAAUUCCAUACGUGCACGUGGUCGGACGACGGAGCCAACCGUAGGAGCCUUACAACGCUCGUACUCCAGCGUCUCAGUGACCCAGCAUUGCCGGUACAGAUCGAAGCCAGUAAGGCUCUCCGCUUCUUGAUUGAGGCCGACGGAGCUGGAACAGAUGAAACACUCCUGCCAGUGCUUCCACAACUUUUGACCGAAUACUUCCGCAUCAUGAAUGAAAUUGGAAACGACGAGGUGGUUUCAGCGUUGCAGGUUUUGUUGGACAAGUUUGGCGAUCACAUUGAGCCACACGCUGUGGCACUAGUGGGACAGUUGAGUGGUGCAUUUCAUCAGUACUGCUCUGCAGGAGAGGACGAUGAUGACGACGAUGCUGCCAUGGCGGCCGCUCAAUGCCUCGAGUGUAUUGCGACGGUGUUGAAAGGUAUUUGUGACAAACCAAGCAUCCUCAAAACGUUGGAGCCACAGCUGAUUCCCCUAGUAUUGAAAAUCAUGGGCAAUGACGGGGAGUACAUUGAAUACCUGGAAUGCGCCCUCGACAUUUUGACAUUCCUGACCUACUUUCCGGAGCAAGUGUCCCCUGAGUUGUGGCAGUGCUUCCCUCUCAUUUACAACGCCUUUGACCAGUGGGCUUAUGACUACCUGAAUAUGAUGGUUCCUUGUUUGCAAAGCUACAUCCACAAGAAUCCGGAUGUCUUCCUGACCGGAUCGGCUCAACUUCCGGAAGGCAAUGCUUCCUACAUUGAUUUGAUUGUCAGCAUGGUGGCAAAGACGGUAACAAACGAUCGUGCGUCGGAAUCGGAAUCGCGAUAUGCUCUGUCCUUGUUCAUGAGUAUCCUCCACAACUGCCACGGUCGUGUUGACGCCUACAUCCCCUACAUUAAUGAGAUUACGCUUGGAAAGCUGGGACAGCAAGUUAAUGCCGAGGUUCCGCUGACCCGCAUAUCAAUUUACCAAGUUCUUGGAUCGGCGUUGUAUUACAACCCCGCGUUGGAGUUGAUGGAGCUCGAGAAGCGUGGCGUGACGCAACAAGUUUUGGCACGAUGGUUAAAGGACACGGAACACAUGGACCGCUGGUUGCCACGGAAACUGACCGUCCUGGGGCUCUCUGCCAUUUUGGCACUCCCGACGGCCAAUAUUCCGCAAAAUGUGGCACCUGCCAUUCCUCAGAUGAUUGACACUGUUGUUCGAUUAGCACUAGCCUUGAAGGAAGACGCCGAACGGGGCGAAACUGGUGCCGAAGGUGACAACGGAAUGGAAGGAGCCAAUGCCACGGAUGGAGGCAACAGUGUUGAGGUGGUGGGUGAUUUGGAUAAAGGGUUUGAUGAGAAUGAGGAUGUCACCAACGAAGUGGACGAAGCCUACCGAAAGGCUCUUCAAGGUGUUACCAGUUGGGAUGAUGACAUGGCAAAAUUCUUGUUGGGUAGCGACUGGGACGAAGACGCUGAAGAUGUGGAUGAAGACUAUACGUCGCCCAUAGACAAGGUGGAUGAGCUGUUGUUCCUCAAUGACACAUUGCAAGCCGCGUUUCAGCGCGAACCGGAGAUUUAUCAGCAAAUACAAGCGGCCUUGCCGCCUCAGUCCGUGGCUGCGUGUCAGAAGCUGUUUGAAGCAGCCAACUCACUCCGUGCUCAAGCUGCCCAGCAGAGUUCUCAGCAAUCUUGA